AUGGCCAACACUCUUGCUCCGUUGGCAACCGCCGCGAUUGACUACCAAGACAGCCCUCCCGUCAAACCGCCUCCCACUUCCUUUACUUGCCCCGAGAGACAUGAUUCCGCUGGCGCCCAUUCGCAGCUUGACUCGGAUUCCACACUCUACGAGGUACCGCACCACCAGAAAUACUCAAAGGAGAGGCACUCGGACGCCAUACUCGACGAGAAUAUCAAGUUUCAGCGACCAGUCUUAGCUGCUCGUAAGUUUGAGACCGAGAUAUCGCAUCCCGUCGCGCAAAGGCCUCCUGCUCCCCUCAGACAGCAUCGUUCUGCCGUAAACGAGCGAGUUGCUCGAGCCUCUGAGGACGCUGCAGUCUUCAGUGAAUCUGAUGGAUGGUCUUCUUCGGAUGAUGAAGUGCUCACUGAAAUACAGCGUUCACGGACUGCUCCAGGCGACAGUGCUCUCGCAAAGUCUCAUCUCAAUCGUUCCCGUAUAACACCAAGGCGUUCAAACCUUAAAGUUGGCAAUGAAUUCUUCCAGUCGAGAGGACGAAUUGCAAAAGAUGGCAGACUGAAUAUCUCCGUAAGUGAAAAGGCAGAGACUGGGUACCUUGCCAAAGCCCUGGGAGCCACAAUCAAGCGCCAACUGGGUACUCACCAUGCCCAAGAUAUCGAGAAUGCGGAACAGGCAAAAUGGGACUUCCUGCACGCAAAGCCUCAGAUACCGCCGCUCAACAUUGUAAUCAUGGUUAUUGGCAGUCGUGGUGACAUACAGCCCUUUCUUAGAAUCGGCAAGAUCCUGCAAGACAAGUACAACCACAGAGUCAGAAUUGCCUCUCAUCCGGCGUUCAAGAAGUUUGUCGAAGAGGAAGUUGGACUAGAAUUCUUUUCUGUUGGCGGAGAUCCUGCAGAGUUGAUGGCUUUCAUGGUCAAGAAUCCUGGUUUGAUACCGUCAUUCGAAACAGUCAAGACUGGAGAAGUCGGCCGGCGAAGAGAGUCCAUGUACCAGAUGUUCCAAGGCUUCUGGAGAGCUUGCAUCAAUGCCACUGACGACGAGACGGACACCGCCAACUUGAAGAUGAUGGGAAGCAAGCCUCCAUUUGUGGCCGAUGCAAUCAUUGCUAACCCGCCCUCGUUUGCUCACUAUCACUGUGCUGAGAGGCUCAGUAUCCCCCUACAUCUGGUAUUCACGUUUCCAUACUCUCCUACUCAGGCUUUUCCGCAUCCACUGGCCAAUAUCAAAUCUACCAAUGUUGACCAGCGCUAUGUCAAUUACAUGUCAUAUCCUCUGGUCGAUCUGAUGACCUGGCAGGGCUUGGGAGAUCUUGUCAAUCGGUUUCGAGUGAAGACUCUAGGCUUGGACCCCGUCUCCACGUUAUGGGCGCCUGGUCAGUUAUCUCGACUCAAGGUGCCGAUGACGUACCUUUGGAGUCCCAAACUCGUCCCUAAACCUGCAGAUUGGGGACCAGAAAUCGACAUUGCUGGUUAUGUUUUCCUGGACCUUGCUUCGUCCUACAAGCCACCUAGUGACUUGGCUCACUUUCUCGAUCGGUCAGGAGAAGAUAAGCGACCCAUAAUCUACAUCGGUUUUGGGUCGAUAUCUGGAAUCGACGACCCGACAGCUUUCUGUCAGAUGAUAUUCGAUGCGGUAGCAAAAGCAAACGUUCGCGCAAUCAUUAGUCGUGGCUGGGGUGGUAUGGGUGAUGGUUUGGAAAAACCAGACGGAAUCUUCCUACUGGAUAACGUACCACACGACUGGCUUUUUCCCAGAGUCGACGCAGUGGUUCAUCAUGGUGGCGCAGGCACCACUGCGGCAGGUUUGAGAUUUGGGAAGCCGACAAUGAUUGUCCCUUUCUUUGGUGACCAGCCAUUCUGGAGUGCUAUGAUUGCUCGGGCCGGGGCUGGUGCAAAACAAGCCCUACCCUUGAAAAGGCUCGAUAGUGACAAGUUUGCGCAAGGCAUUCGAGAGUGUCUUGAGCCUGAAGCUCGAGCAAAGGCUGAAGAGAUCGCUAAAGGUAUUCAGGAGGAAGGCGAUGGAGCGGAGAAUGCAGUAGACUCUUUCCAUCGGGCAUUGCCGCUGGAUGGUCCUCAUUCGAUGCGUUGCGACAUAAUGCCGGGCCGCGUUGCUGUCUGGAAGACGAAGCACACAUCGAUCCGAUUGUCGCCUCUUGCGGCAGAUUUGUUGGUGGAGAAUCAGGAGCUUCUAUAUUCGGAUCUGCAUUUGCAGAAGAUUCGUGAAUGGAAUGAUUUUCAAGGGCCUGGCGAACCUAUUACUGGUGCUGGUGGUGCAAUUGUGCAGGCAUUUCAAGAAGCAUUGCAUGGCUUAAGCGACAUGCACGAAGAGGCCAAGAAAGAUCUCAAAAGAUAUGAACGACAUAUACGAAAGCACAAAGGAAAGUCGGCCAUUGAUGGAUUGAUCCUGCCCGGGAAAAUUGCCUACGCAGCUAGAGGAACCAGUGUGGAGGAACAAAGACAGGAGCAUACCAGGAUAAAGCGAAACCUGAACCUUCGGGGAAAUGCAGAGCCUCUCCGAUUCCCAGUUGUCCUUUCGUCGCGGGGCUCGGAUGAGUCUAAUGGUUUGAGCCGGUCCACAACACGCUCGUCUAUGGGAGGCUCGUCGCAUGCGGUUGUUCUGAUCAAACACAUCGGCGAAGGCAUUGGGCAAUCGACCCAUGCGAUAUUGGCAUUACCGUUUAGAAUGUUGAAUGCGACGGCUCUUGGAUUCCACAACGCACCCAGACUGUACGGAGACAAGACGGUGCGACCAGCGCCAAACAAAAGGAUCACAGGUUUGCGAAGUGGUAUGAAGGUUGCUCUCACCGAAUGCUGGUUCGGGACAUAUGAUGGUGUCACAGGACUGGUGCGUCUGCCGCAGUUGGAGGUUCGCGAAACAGGCUGGAAGGGGCUUCCCAAGGGCGUGGCCAAAGGCUUUGGCGGCCUGGUUUUAAAACCGAUUGCCGGGUCCCUUGGCUUGGGUGCGUAUACGUUCAAAGGGAUUCGUCAGGGAGCAAGGAAACGCAUACUCGAUACUGAGAAAACGGAUCGAUGGAUCCGUAGAGCACGGAUUGCACAGGGACAAAGAGAUGCAGCCAUUUUGAGAAACCAGAAAACUAUGAAUGCUACUGGACCAACGUACGAGUAUUCAGCACGACAGGCUGAGAUUGAUGAGCUUCGUGAUCAAGCUUUGCGAAAAUGGACUACAUAUGAGAAAGACAAGGUGAGUGAAGGGAGGGAAAAGGAGAAUCGAAGGGGUGUGAAGUUGGGUAUACACGUGGGGAUGGGAACGGGUCUUCGGGCUAGUUCAGGUGCUCAAAGUAAAGGUGUGGUGAAGAAGAAGAAGAAGACGACGACGAACAACGACAGCAACAAGAUACCCCGGUCAAAAACAACAUGA